CGCCACCAGCCCCCCUCUCACACCUCGUAGUACUACCAACGACUUCAUAUAACAGUAUAUAUCUCGUUGACUACUACUCUUCUUUCUUUUCUUUCCAGAUUGUUAACAGAAGCCGAGUUAAAAGAAGUUUCUACAUCUUUUGACACUCAAGAAUAAAAUACGAUCUGUGUGUGAUAUACAAUUUUAUUUUAAUGUUUUCAAAUUUUAUGGCUGGAUUUCAGAAAUCUUUUUUUUUCUGUAGUGAUAAUUCUAACAAAUGCUUGUGGCAACUCCUGUUGCUGUUGUGGCGCCCUCUUUGACACUGUAAUUAUAUAAUUAACACUGUAAGCAAGCCCAACUCUAUUAAAGAGUAUACUAACUAUAUUAAAGAACCUUGCUGUAAGCAUACGUUUGGUUAGGUGACUGUAUGUGCGCUUUGUGAUUUGAAUUAAUAUAAAAAUGCAAGAAAUGGAUAUUCAUUCCGUUAAAAAUCUACGGGACAUACGUCGUCAAGAUAUUCGAUUAUUACAGAAAGCCAGUAGAGGAGAAUUUGUGAAACAAAAGAGAUCGGAGUUAUGUGAAGUUGAACAAAGUAUUCAGGAUGUCAGUUUAAAUCAAUUUAAAGAAUAUGUAAAAGAACUGAAGAAAAAACAACCGUCUUUGUAUGUCUUAAGAAAUAUCAGGACUUCUUGCAGAAGUGAAGAACUGAUAGAGGCAUUUUUCAAGAUUGGAGGUUCUUUGCAAAAUUUAAUAAGAGUUCUCAUUGGUAAUGAUGCCCAGAAACAACUGGAAGCAGUGGCUUGUCUCACUAAUUUGGCCUGUGGAAGUCAUAGGUUUACGCAUAAAAUAGCUAGAAACGCUGGAGCUUAUUUAGUAUCUUUUAUUGAUGGAGGAAGCUCUUUUUUGCAGAGUCAGAGUGCAUGGGCUGCUGGAAAUAUAGCUGCUGACUGCUGUGAAUGUUUUGUUGUACUUAAAAUGCAAGGUCUUCUGCCAGUAUUGUUAAAAACAAUUGAUUGUUCCACAGAGCAUGUUUUCCAGUCUGCUGUUUUUGCCUUGAAAGUUUGCACAAAAUAUGGAGAUCAUGAAAUAAUCAAUGUAGCCAGUUCUGAUCUACCUAAAAAGCUAUUGUCAUUCCUCUUGCAAGGUGAUAUUACACGGAGCAUAAAGAUGGAUCUGGCUUUCACAUUGGUAAACCUUUUAUUUUUAGCAGUUAUACACAAUCUGGAAAUCAUUAAUAUUAAUGUAGCAGAAACUAUCCUCAAGUGCCUGUACAAUUCAGUCCAUGAAGAAGUUGAUCUUCCAGUUGCAACUCCUUUGCUUCGAUGUUUGGGAUAUUUAACUAGCAGUGAACAAAUAUGUAAAUAUCUAUGUCAGCAUCUAGAAUUUCAUGUUGUUACUACUUCAGUAUUAAAAAGUGAAUGUUCACACUUAAAAAAAGAAUUAUUCUGGAUACUUACUAAUUUAUUAGAUGUUCAAGAUUUAACAGAUGAUAGAGCUCUUCUACCAGUUCUUGAGUCGGUGACAGUUUUUCUGAAUCCUCUGAAUUCAGCUGCAUUACCACACUAGUUUCAAUGGUGUAACUGCCAAAGGGCAAAUGAAUGAGAUAAAAUAGACAAGAAUGGCUGGACAGGAGUUAAACUACUGGUGCCAUCUAUUGAUGAAAUAAGAAAACUAAAACACAAUUUCCUUAAAGGCUGAAGGUAAAGAUGGAUUGGAAUUAGGGUCAUUAACUAGAACAAAGGUUUUUUUUAAAUGUGAAAUGCCUUUUUGUUGUUUGACUUUUAAAACAGUUGUUGUUCGGCAUCUUAUUUUAACCUAAUUAAUACUUGCCAGUUGGAAACUGAUCUUUUUCCAGUGAGAAAGCAUUCCUUGGUGUUAAGAAUUCUACACUUUUUUCAUUGUCAAAACUGUCAAUAUAUGGAAGAGAGUCAGCCAGACAUUUUUCCAAAAUGAAAAUUGUUCAAAAACUCAUUGGUGUUGUAAUAUUUUAUGUCCCAUUUAAAUAAUGAAAAAAGUGCAUUAUGUUAUCAGAUGUAUUCUGUUCUCUCUAAUCACUACAUUUUUUUUUUCAUUUAUGCAUUUUAAAGAAACUGACA